AUGGCUAAGACUUGUUCAAUCCCAGCAUAUUUCAUUGUUUUUUUCAUCAUAAGCCCAUUAAUAUCAAUCGUGGGAAAGCUAAGCCCAUGGACCAAUCCACUCCCUCCUGAAAUUUUUUCUCUAGACAUUGCCAAUAAGCUUCGCGUAGAUCUUGACGCUAUUAAAACAGCCUCCACUGACUUUGGCAAUCUGGUUCAUGUAACUCCAGCUGCUGUUCUUCGUCCUUCCUCCAUUAACGACAUAGUUGACCUCAUAAAAUUCUCUCACAGCCAUUCAGUCCCUUUCGGUGUAGCCGCUAGAGGUCAUGGCCAUUCAUCUAGAGGUCAAGCCAUGGCUGAUAAUGGGGUGGUGGUGGAUAUGAGUUCUUUGAAUAAUAAUGGUGGUGGUGAUGGAAUUAGGGUUUCUUGGAGCCCUGCAUUAGGGUUUUAUGCAGAUGUUGGAGGAGAGAAGCUUUGGAUCGAUGUGUUGAGUGAUACACUUGAGCAUGGACUUGCACCAGUAUCAUGGACGGAUUAUCUGUACCUCAGUGUUGGAGGAACUCUCUCUAAUGCUGGGAUUAGUGGCCAGUCAUUUCGUUAUGGUCCUCAGAUCAGCAAUGUACAUGAAAUGGAUAUUAUUACUGGGGAAUAUAAUGUUGACAUUCACAGGUUCUGGUUGGUGACGUCUCUCUCCCACUUGGGAGAUCUUCUUGGAACGGGGGAGCUUGUGACUUGUUCCAAACAGUGGAACUCUGAGUUGUUUUUUGCAGUUCUAGGAGGACUUGGUCAGUUUGGAAUCAUAACUAGAGCAAGAAUUGUGCUGGAUAAGGCACCAAACAGAGUGAAAUGGGUCAGAUUGCUUUACAGUGAUUUCUCUACCUUCACGAGAGACCAAGAAAAGCUGAUCUCAACAACUGCACUGGAGUAUUUGGAAGGUUCUCUUAUAAUGCAGCAGAGUCCUCCAAAUAACUGGAGAUCUUCUUUUUUCUCAUUGUCUGAUCAAUCAAGAAUUGCUUCUCUACUGUCGCAACAUGGCAUCAUCUACUGUUUAGAAGUAGUCAAGUACUAUGAGCAUCUCAGCAUCGACACUGUGGACGAGGUACUUGCUUUUUUAAGUGUAUGGAUGUGGGAUGAUAGGAUGUCUGCAGUUAUACCAGAUGAGGAUACAUUCUACUGCGUAGGGUUCUUGCGCUCAACUGGGUUCAAUGACUGGGAGGUCUUGGAUGAUCAGAACAAAGAAAUAUUACAAGUUUGUGAGAAAUCUGGCAUUAAGAUGAAGCAGUAUCUUCCACACUACAAAACCAAGGAAGGCUGGAUGAACCAUUUUGGCUCGAAAUGGAACACAUUUCAAGAUAGGAAAUCUCAGUUUGAUCCCAAAAUGAUAUUGUCUCCUGGGCAAGGAAUUUUCAAUUCUGUUUAG